GCCGGGGCGAAGGCGGACAUUUCAAGUUGCCAUAGACGCUUCAGCUCCCCUCCCAGGGGCUGAGGGCGGCUGCCGAUGGCCCGGGACGGACCGCCAAUGAGGGCGGGAUGGAUCUUUGUGGCGAGUUAAAGGAUGCAUCACCCUUAUGGCGGACUCAUCAAGCGAUUCAGACACGCACCUUCAUCACUUUCGCAGGCAGCGAGGACCACAGAGAGGAGCGACUAAGGGAAGGAGCGGAAUGCACAAUGCUGAUGAUGUGUCUGAGAAAAUAGACGCAUUAGCAAGCACUUUACAGGAAACCAGUCGAGAUCUAACAAAUGUUGAUCGGAUGCUUGGGCGUUAUAGAGGCUACACCAAUGAACAAAUGGAGACAGUGGCACAGCUACGAGAUGAUUUGGAACAAUCCAUUGAUGAGUUGCGAAGUCAGCGAUUGAGCAGACAAGCUGGACGUUCAAUUCCUUCUCUUCGUACAAGUGACCUUCAAGAUAACUCAGCAACAAACAGUCGUCUGUACCGUACUACCUCACCCCUCAGGGACCCUGGAGAGUACCGAGGAACGGACCGUAGAAGAUCCAGAUCUGCAACUGUGAGAUUUGUAGAUGACCUGGAGCCAUUGAAUCACGUACACACCUUGCAUAGGUCAGUAAGAGAUUUAAGGAGUGACCAGUUUCGCCUUGGAGAGGAAUUUGAUGAGGAAGUAGCAAAGCGGAAUAGGACUGAUUCAGAGACUCGAAAGGCUGUGAACUCCAUAUCAGAGAAACUCCGAGACAUGUCCAGGACAGAAACAGUUUCAGAGAGAGUUGAAAGGCGCCUGCAAGAAAUUGAAAAGGAAAUGAGAACGGAAAGACAUUUGGCAGAACGUCGUGAAGACCAGCUUGGACACAUGGCUGUACAACUGAAGGAGGAGUUGAGAAAACGCAAUGGUAAAAUUAAUGAAAUGGAAGAAAUGAAGAAUAAACUUUCCAGAUCCGAAGGUGAGAAGUCCCUGAUUGAACAAGAGCUUGAUCGUACACGCCGGAAGUUGGAGCAGUCAGAAGGAAGCCGAGAGACACUUGCCUGUCAGAUAGAUGAUUUGCGGUCUCAACUGUUGAAGACUGAACAAGAACGAGCAACCUUGCAACAUAGAAUUUCAGAAUCACAGCAACGAAGAUAUCGUGGCGUAGAGGAGGAUGGCAGACUGAACCAAAGAGUGGCUGGGAUUUCAGAGCAUGAGAAACAGUUGUUGGAGAAGCAGAUUUUGGAGCUCCGAGCACAGCUGAACUGUAAUACUGUGCUUUCUGAGGUGGAAGAGCUAAAACGGUCCCUUGAGAGAAAAGACAAGGAGAAAUCUCAACUUUCUGCACAUAUUGAGGUUCUCAACUCUGACCUGGAGAAGAGAGAGAAGCAGCAAUUGAGGAUGUUGAACCAGCUCCAGGAAAUCCAGAGCCGCUAUGAUGACUGUAUGCAAGAUCAUAAGUCUGCAGGUUUGGAGAUUGUUGAUCUAGCCCGCCAGUUGAAGGAAUCUAGUAUGGAAGCUGACAGAUGCAGGGCUCAGUUGAAAGAAGUUGAACACCUUCGACUGGAGAGUGAAAAGAAGAAAGAUGAAUUGAAGAUAAAAGCUCAGGAGUCCAUCAGACAGUGGAAAAUCAAAUGCAAGAAGUUGGAGCGUGAUUUGGAAAAGCAGAAGGAGAAUAUUAGUCAUUGGAUGGAGCAGCACAACCAGGCAAGUAAAGAGAAGGAAGCACUGCAGGGUCAACAUUCCAUGGCUUUGCAUCAGAUAGAGAGCCUCCGUAAGGAACUCAAUGAUGUUAUACUCAAACGGGUGCAGCAGGAGGAAGAUAUGCGACGGAAAGAUGUGGAGCUCAAUGAGUUGAAAUCAGAGCUAUUGGACUUGGAUGGAAAACUGCAUGACUCUAAGGAGUCUUUUAGCAAAUUAGAAGCUGACUUGCACGAGCAGUGUAUGUUGCAUGUUCAGAUCAAAGAGGAGAAACAGCACCUGGAGUAUGAGUUGAUGGCCUUAAACAGACAGAAUGAAAAGAGUCAGGAGAAGCAACUGGAAAUGCAGCGAAUGAUCUCCGAGCUAAGUGCCAUUCGAUCUGAACUCAGUGAUAAACUAGCUCAGGAAGAGAUAUCCAGUAAGGAGAUUAGAAAGAGCAUCUCAGAAGCUCAGGCAAAACAGACCUUAGCCCAAGAGGAACUUGCUUCUCUGAACAACCAAUUGAAGUUGGAGAGGGAUGCACACCAACAAGAACUUGCAGGCAUCAGAUCAGAGAUGCACACCUUAAGAAAUAAACAUGAAAAGAGUAUGCAGGAAGUACUUAAAAAUUUUCAACAAGAGCGGGAUAAAUUAGAGAAUAACCUAAGUGAGUUAAAGGUUGAGCUGGCAGACGACAAGAGUUUUGCGAAAGCGCAACGACGCCAGGUGGAAAAGGUCAAAACAGAAUGUAACAAACUGACAGAAGAGCUAAUUCAGGGUGAGGCAGAAAAUUCAAAACUCAGAAGGAAGUACCAUUUGCUGAAGCAAGAACUGGAAGAAAAGGGUAAGCUGGCUGUUAAUGGAGAAGAAUCUGUGAGGCAACUGGAGCAAAUGACAUUUCAGCUUAAUGAUCAAAUCAGAAGAAUCCAAACAGAGCAAGAGACAAUCCUUUGUUCUGUGGGAAAAGAAAUUGAUGCUGCGUGUGAUUUCCUCUCCAGAGAUCCUGGUGACAAGUUCAAAGCAAUAACACUUACACAUGGAUUAGAAAACGAUCCCCAUCGCUGGCUGGCUGAAGUGAAAACCAAACUACAGUGGCUAUGUGAAGAAAUGAAGGAACGAGAAGGACGAGAGCUCAAACUACGAUCCCACCUCCGACAGUGUCGUGUGCAGUUGAAGGAACUCCUACAGGACAAGGAGUCCGAGAGUCAGCUUUUCAUAGAGCAAAUCGCAAAGCAAGAACGUCUUCUUGAGGAAAUACACAAGGAAAAAAGAGAGUUACUGCAAAAGAUGUGUCAGAAGGAUGAAGAGAUGAGAGCAUUGCAGGUACGAUAUGAUGAUAGGAUUGCAGACUUAGAAAGUAGCACACGGAUGGCGUUGGAUCAUCUUGAAUCGGUGCCAGAGAGGUUGAGUAUCCUAGAUGGCAUCCGGGAUUUGGAGGAUUCCCAGCGUCACCGAGAGAUGAUAGAAGAAAGAUACUCCAAAUACAAAGAGAUAGUGACUUCCCUGCAGCAGCAGCUGCGAGAUUCAACAAGGAAGAUUCGAAAAUAUCAGGAAGAAGAGUCUGACACUAUCUUAAGGAGGGAGAGGUUGGAAAGUCUUCCUGUUGCACUAUACAAUCAAAACGAUUCCCCUCCUAGCUGUUCCACUCCAAAAACAGGCUCACCAGAUGACAGCAGCAGACGCAGAAAUCUGCCUUUCAGAAAGGAAGAUGCAAGCCAAGGACAAGAGCUCAGCAGGGCAGCUAAUGGAAGAAAGUCUCCUGCAGAAAAAGACAAGUAUUAGACCGUAAAGUCCGAGUCUGUGUGUUUUUCCAGCAGCUUUAAUGGAUGUCAGCUUACCUUGUAUCAAGCAGGGUGGCUGAGAGCAUUUACUGAAAUGUGUUCCCAUCCAUUAUAUACGAGACAGCAGCAGGCAGUCCGAGUGCCUUUAAAAACAGUCUUUUCAAUUUAUUUUCUUUGUAUUUACCAACACCAGAAGUGUGUGCUGAAAUUAAUAUUGGAAAGAGUACAACUUAUUAGGGAUUAUUACUGAUGGGCAAUAAUUGCUGUCUUAGCCAGCAACACCCACAUCCCAUGAACGAAUAUAUUUUUUUUUGAAAAUGUAAAACCCUACAUUUGCAUUGGUUCCAUCCGAUGCAGUUCAUGGAGGAGGGUGUUAGCUUGGUAAUGGCCAGAGGUUCUUGGUUUCAGAUAUUCAAGGAAGCUUUAAAAAUGAUCCCUCAGAGCAAUUUAAAAGCAGAGGUAAUGUGUGAGAAGGGUCUGUUCUUCAACAUUAGAUCUGUCUCAUUGAAGAUAACAUAAGGAGCUGCAGUGAAGUUCUAGGCUGGAAGAACAGAAUGACGCCCUUGUCUCUCUCUGUAUCUGCUCUUUUUUGUGAGGGAGGCCAUUAUUUUGACAACUUCCCUUAAUGAAGCUGCAAUUUGGGGCAUCUGUCAAUCCUGUGAUGAAGAGGUGCCCUCCACUCAUCUGCUGUUAUCCUAUUCUCUUUCAGGCAUUCAGCUUUACUGAAACGCAGACAAUUCUAAAACCCUUAAGUAAAUGAAAGUUUUGCUCAGUUAUGUCCCAGGCAUAAACAAAUUGGAGAUGGGGCAGAACCACAACUGACUGGAAGAGUAUCAGCCAUUUCCAAAUGCUCCACUCUUGUUCAUUUGUCAGAAACCCACAGAGGAAGUUUUUUGUUAGAGUUCUAAUUUUAAAAAGACAGAAAUUGCUGGAAAAUCUCAGCAAGUCUGGCAGU